CUCGCCGAGCUUCCCGGGUCGGCUCCGGUGAGGUGGCGGCUGAAGCAGACAAUGGCGCCUGGACUGCUGUGGCGCCGGCUUGGCCCUUCUGUGGGGCCACUUUUUCUAAACUUUUUACCCCCAUGAGUCAACUCUUUCGACGUGCGAUACAGAUGGGAAAGCGCUUUCCUGGCCUGUGUUUCUCGACGCUUCUCCACAGCCCGGGGAGGCAAAGGAUUUGAAUAUCUGUUUCUCCAAAUUAGAUAUACAAAUGAUCAAUAAGUAUGUGAAAAGACAAUGUCAUCAGUCACUAGCAUUGAUGGCGUUGAAUGGAACCAGAGAGAUAUCCACAAAGGUGCUGGCUCUGACUGGUUGGGAUGGAAAGCCGCCCUGAGGCAGCUGACCACCUGCACUGGCCCAGGUUGGAGUGGCUGUCCUGUCAUAAAGCCCCCUAAGAUGUGAUGUCACACACAGAGGGGCUGUAUUCUGGACUCCUAGCCUUAGCCGGCUCAGUGCCCUUCUCAGAGGAAAGGCGGGCAGGCUGCCUGAACACUGCCGUGGUCGAAGGAAAGGUCAAGGUUGGCAUGUUUGACUGAAAAUGGUGUUUGGUAUAUGCGGCCAGAAGGAAAGGCUCUACAGGGCCCUAUACAUAGUGCAGAUCUUCAUUCUUGCAGGAAUGGUAUACUAUUAUUUCCAGGAGUUUGUGGGGAAAACAGCUCCAGACCACGUGAUUGCUGGGGAAUCAUCACCGUCCAUAGGCGAGACCUUGAGGCCACUGUGGGGGCUGAUGGAUAAGUGCUACCCUGUGGCCAUUCAGAGACGCAGAGUCAGGAGUGGGAAGAAGCAGGCCUCCAAGGCCACAGCCCCUGAGACUCCGGGAGGACUGAAUGAUGCUGCCACCAAGGAGGAGAUGCACAUCCUGUCUCAGGGGGAGAAGGACCCGGAGGGGGAGGGGAGGGUCCCAGGCCAGGGAGCAGCCAGCCCCACUCCUGCUGGGAAGGAAGUGGCUGAGGAGAAGGAGGUGGCAGGGAGCCAAGGCUGGGAGGGAGAUAAGAAGGUCCCAAAGGAGCUGGCUCUACCUCCUCCUGGGGCCUCUGGGGUGCAGAGCCAAGAGGAAAGGCCCGGCGGGUGGGCCCCCCAGCUCCUGAGGAAGCUCUGGCUGGGCUGGUUCCCGGUCUCUGACAGCCCUGACACUCAGGAGCACGAGUGACAACCCAAUAAACGCACAGAUGCUGCUGCUGUGGCCCCGCUGCCUCCUCACAGGCCUCGCCCUGCAGACCCAGCGUGGGCCGUGUGCACUGUCCCAGCAGGCACCACGCCUGACUCGGAAGUGGGUACUCUGGGGAGGCCGAAGGGGCCCUGCUGGCCUGGGCUCCAUGUCAAGGGACAGGCCAAGCUCCCUGCAUGCGGGGAGCGGGGUAGCUUGUCAGGAGGGCAUCUAGAGGACACUGGUGGGACCCGUCAGGGGUGCCGUGAGGCCGUUGCGUUGGGGGCUUCUGCCCUGAGCAUCUGGGGUCCCUAAGCUGUUCACUAAAUGCGCAAGGGUCCUCCCAGGACCCGAGUAAGCCAUCAUUAGAAGCCCUUGGGCGCUGCCCAUGGGCUCUGUCCAGGCCCCAUCUGGGAGUGGACACAGGUGAUGGGUGGCAGGCAAAUAAUGUCACAGCCCCAGCAUCAGCGCAGGAAGUCGGGACCCGGCGGCCAUCUGGUGCACUCUCCUCAGUGGCUGCAGGGAAACAGAAGCCCAGGCCCACACAGUGGUGUGAUAACAAGGAUUAGAGUCAGGCUGUCAUCCUCCAAGGUCCCUCUGUGGCCUCCUUUCUUGUGGACACCGCAUUGUGGCAGGGGUCGAGGUUUGACCCCUGUCCGUGCGACAUGUCUGCAGCCCAGAGGAGUCCAUUCCUUGCCCCCAGCCCAGCCUCCUGCCCGCCCUGCCUGGCCUGGCCACUCCGAGGACUGUGCCCGGGGUUGGAGCCCACAUGAGUCUCUCCAGCGGCAGCCGGCCCAGGAGACAGCUCUUUCUAGCAGCAGCUGGGCCAGAAGCAGACCUGGGGCGUCAGGAAAUGUGGCUAAUUCAAUGUUGGGGUGACGCAGACGCCCAGGGAGGGGGCUGGCUCCUGGGCUGCCAUUAGGGUUCCCAGGGAGAGCUCUGCACCCCAUUACUGAGCCUGGUCGUUAACCUGGCACAUCACUUCCCAGCCUUCCUGAGUUCCCCACCUUUUGGGGUGUCAGUGGGGGAGCAGACUUGCUGGUAUUGGCUGAGCUGCUGCCUGUGGUGCAGGGCGGGUACUGCUGGGCCUGAGAGUCGGCAUCAGGCUGAGCGAGGCCUCCCUUUCCCACGGGGCGAGCAGGGGCUGGGGCCUGUGCAGAGACUGGGACCCACGCAAGCAGCCAGUAUUGGGCUCCACAGGCGACUGGGGUCAGCUCUCAUUUUCUGAGCCUCAGUAUAACCGCCUCUCAAGUGGGUCCCAAUGCGAGGUGAGGAGGGACAAGGCCGGGCAGGCCUGGCCUGGGGAGGCUGCUAAGUCGCCUUCGCUGCCAGGAUGGUUAAGGGGCCUGGGUGGGACUCCAAGU